UGAAUCGCUCGCUAGGGACGAUAUCGAUCGACGGCUAUGACCGGAAUGUUCCCCUCGUUGUGUGCCGCCGGUGCUCGCGUCAUUCUCCUUUGUUGCCGAAGUCGUUGGUCGUCGUCGGCACAAGGUCAGGAUCAACUCGGCCUCGAGGUCUCAUUUCCGACCUGUCAAAGCUUGACCCGAAGAUACUAAUUAGAACAGAAAAAUAUAGACCGAGGGAUUCUGACGCAUAGAACUAUUUCUUCCGAUCAUGGCCACCGUCAAGCUGGCUUCGCUGGCCAUCCGAACGGCCGCCAAACCCGUAGCCAGCUGGCUCAAAUCACAAGCUACUCAGCAUGAACGGUUUCGGACAUUCUGUAUUAAUUGGGCUCAGAGGAUGCACCGAAUGGAAGCUCGGAUGCGCUUGGGACUAUACAACGCCCCUCUGGGGGAUAUCAAACCGUUGAAUGAGACUCGCGCCAUACAAAACGGAGCAAAUAAUCUAGCAGAGGUCUUCCUCUUUGGGGUAGCAGCAACCUUGAUCUUGGGAGAGACAUAUCGAGGAUCAAGAAAAGUCGCCAAUAGACGAGACACGGUAGAUGACAAACUGGAUGACUUGCGGGAAGACAUAGAACGUCUGCAGAAGCGUUGGCAAGAGGAAGAGAUCGAGCUCGAGCGGAGAGCUAAUGAGGCUGAAAAGAGGAACGCGGAACUUCAGAGCAUCAUUCAAGCAGUCGUUGAUGCCGGAACACGGAACGGAUGGUUGGCCGGACAUUUGACAGUAGGAUCCGGUGAUGGGGUCGACAACGGGAACUCGUCGAAACAGUCCAUCACACGGACAUUGCCGGUGCUCGACCUGACGGCAUGGGAGACCACACCGAAGGCACCCGCAACGAACAAUCUCUUGUCGUCGGAAUCUCAGCAUGUAAUCGCGUCUGAUCUGAAUAGCAAGCCACAGAGCGAAACAACGUCAAUAGCAUAAUCAUUAUA